UCAUAACUGUGAUCCUUAUAAAGUUAUCUGCAUAAGCCAGUUUCAUAGUGCCAUGUUCCAGAAACAGUUCAACCAACAAACAGUCCAUGAGUUCUUCAUUAACAUGCUUACAUGCUUCAUAGCAAUAACCCCCCUUUUCUUUCCUCUCCAUGUUUCCUAAUCCCUCAGUUACGUCUGCACCAAAAACUUCUCAGCCCCGGUUGUUUCCCUUUCCUUUUUUUUAAAUCUUAUUUCUUUGUCACCGAAGUCCUAAUAGAUUUGGUUUUUGGUGGGUUUGGGGGCAUUUUGGUAUGGAGGGCCUUAUGGGAACCUAGUGAAUUUGUCCAUUUUGUAUGACAGACCAUCUUUCUUUCUUUGGGCAGAAGUGAGAGGUUCCUCUUUCUCCUUCACUCCACAUCUAAUCCAGUCAUCUAAUGUAAAUGCAAUGCUUGAGGCUAGAGAUGGCACGGAGCCAACCAACCAGUUAGAAUAGAUUCUACCAUCUAACUUUUCUAGAACCUGCCCCUGCUCUCUUCCACACUAUCACAGCCCUAGUUUAGGAUUAGGAUGCCUUCGAGUCUUACAAGAAUUUCUUCAAUUCUCCUUUCAGGUCUUAGAGUUUUGCCACUUUAUAUUACAGCUAAACACAGAUCUUUCUAAAAUUGUUCUAGAAGUCAGAUCUGAGCACGUCUCAGCUUAGAGUAUUUAUGGUUUUCCAGCUGUCCUCAAGUCAAUCCAAGCCCCUAUUCCUAGCAUGUGAGCCCUCCCUGGGUGGCUCUGUGACCCUCUAGCUUCAUCCAUUUUUACAAACACCUUAACUAUAGGUAGUUCCCCACCAUGCCCCCCUCUGAGCCUUUGCUCAGGCUGUGCUGUCUGCUGGGGAUGCCUUUUCUUCUUCAACUACCUGACAGAUACCCACAUAUCUUUGAGAACUCGAAUUAGGAAUCACUACUCUAGGGAACCUUCUGACUCCCACCCUCCAAUGAGUGCUCCUUUCUUUGUGAAUCUCUGUUCCCCCAAUGGACUUUCACCUGCAAAAUCCCUGCAUCCAUUCCAUCUUCUUCUCUCCUAGGCUGGGCUCUGGUUGUGACUGGGUUCCUUUCUAUCACUGGCAGGCUGUACUGGGCUGGAUCCACCACAAACCCCAGUAAAUGUUAAAGGAAUGAAAGCACUCUCGUCACACUCUGUAGGGAGACCUGGUGCAUUGGAGUUAGAUGAACUUGAGUUAAACUACAAACACUCCAAGAGCUGUGUGCUCAUGGGCAAGUCAUUGGAAUUCUGAACCUCAAUUUCCUCAGCUCUGUCUACCUCUCAGUAUUCUGUGAAGUAACAUGUGAGGUGCCUGGUACAGUGCCUGGCUUACUAUAAGGGGUCAAAUAUGUAUCACUCUGGCAGCCAAGAAGCAGAGAAGGAAAAGGUGUCCAGUUAGUGAGCAGGGGGUCAGGAGUGGGAUGUAAGGGGGUAGGAAUACAAACCUCUGAGACCCCAGUGUGCUUGGGUUUCUAAAACUGCUGGUCACCUGCUUUGUUGUGAGCAGUCAAGUUAGGGGAUGGGAGUGAGGGUGACAGAUGACAGGUGCGAAGGCCAAGCCAACCCCUGCUGCUGGAAUGGACCAGCACCCAGUGACAUCACAAUCCUGAGUAGUUGCCCUGGCACUGCUGGAGGGGGACCCUCAUUUCUCUCCACGGAGCUCUAGGAUGUGGAUGUGAGAAAGGUGAGGACGAAGGCAGAUGGCGACAAGGGACAGCCUGAGCUCCAUACCCACGGGCAAGGCUCAUGGUGACACUGGAGAGGCAGGAACGCUGCCAGCUCCUGAUACUGGCAUUCGGGACACAAGUUCAGCCAAUCAGCCGAAGAUGAAGCCCAAGAAUGUGCACAAGAUUAAGGCGCUUAUUGUCGACCUGGGCUCGCAGUACUGUAAGUGUGGCUAUGCGGGAGAGCCGAGGCCCACCUACUUCAUCUCCUCCACGGUGGGCCAGCCCUGCGAGGCAGCUGAUGUGGGUGAUGCCCACAAGGAGAUCUAUGUGGGCCACGAGCUGCUCAACAUUGAGGCACCCCUGAAGCUGGUUAACCCUCUAAAACACGGCAUUGUGGUGGACUGGGACUGUGUCCAGAACAUCUGGGAGUACAUCUUCCACAAAGCGAUGAAGAUCCUCCCCGAGGAGCAUGCAGUGCUGGUCUCCGACCCCCCACUUAGCCCCAGCAGCAACAGGGAGAAGUAUGCGGAGCUCCUGUUUGAGACCUUUGGCAUCCCUGCCAUGCACGUGACGUCCCAGUCACUGCUGUCCAUCUAUUCCUACGGCAAGACCACAGGGCUGGUGGUGGAGAGCGGGCACGGUGUCUCACAUGUGGUCCCCAUCUCAGAAGGCAACGUGCUGCCAGGCCUGACUGGCCGUGUUGACUAUGCGGGGAGCGACCUCACUAACUACCUGCUGCAGCUGCUCAUCAAGGCCGGCCACAGUUUCACCAAGGACGACCACCUGCACAUCCUCGACCACAUCAAGAAGAUGUGCUGCUACUCGGCUUUCCAGCCUGAGGAGGAGCUUGGCCUGGACCUGGAGGAGCUGCGUGUGGACUACGAGCUCCCAGAUGGCAAGGUCAUCACCAUUGGCCAUGAGCGCUUCCAGUGUGCCGAGAUGCUCUUCAAGCCCACCCUGGUGGGAAGCAGCCAGCCCGGCCUCCCUGCACUCACAGCCACUUGCCUGGGCCACUGCCAGGAGGCGGGCUUCAAGGAGGAGAUGGCCGCAAAUGUGCUGCUGUGUGGUGGCUGCACCAUGCUGGAGGGCUUCCCUGAGCGCUUCCAGAGGGAGCUGAGCCUCUUGUGCCCUCGGGACAGCCCCGCAGUGGCCGCAGCUUCCGAGAGGAAGACCUCCGUGUGGACCGGUGGCUCCAUCCUGGCCUCCCUGCAGGCCUUCCAGCAGCUCUGGGUCAGCAAGGAAGAGUUUGAGGAGAAGGGCAGUACAGCUAUCCAUACCAAGUGCUGAGCGUGAGCUGACAGGCCAGGCCUCGUGGACAGGCGAACUCAGGCCACACUCUACAUUUACAGAAUUUCACAUAAAAAUUUUAACACAAUGGCUCUUGUCUAGUCCGGAUUUCUUGCUUUAGCCUGAUAGCAGAAGGUUCUGGGGAGUUGGGUUUAGAGGUAUCAGCACCUUUUGCUCUGUUGCAUCUGGAGCAGCAGGGGUGGGAGGUGGGUGGGAGGGCUCCUUACAGGCCCCUCCCCUCCUGGAGGUGACAUCUCAGAGCCCAGAGUUUGUCUUCCUGUUCCAUUAGCUCCUCAGGGUUCAAAACCCAAUUCAGCAGACACAUUGAUAGCUCAUCCAUGGACCAAGAGGGAAAUGAAAGCUCAGAUUAAGGACUAGCGUGGGUCAUGUAGUUAAGUGGUGGGGGGACACUCAAAACCAGGUGUCUGACUUCCUUCUCCUGUUUCUGCCAGAUGUGUGUCUGCCCAUAGCUUCAUCAAUUGCUUGAUUGCCCUGCUCCCUCACUAAACUCCCCUCACUGCCUGCCACCUUCAGAGGUGCAGCCCAUAGGUGUGCCUCUCCUGAGUGUGAGGGGCCUUUCCACUUCAGCCAAAAUUGCAACUUUUUUUGCAGUCACAAAGUAGAGCCACUGAAUCCAGAGGAUGUCGGAGGAACCAGAAGGUCCCUUGGAAAUGAUGUGGUUCUCUCCCUCCUGUAGAGGUGGGGAAACUGAAGACCAGGAAGGAGGGGGCCAUGUCAGUGGAUGAGUCCAGGUCUUCUGUCCCAGGUCAUGAUUAUUUCCAGAAGGGCAAAGUGGUUGUUUUAGUUUGGGCUGCUAUAACAAAAUACCACAGACCAGGUGGCUAUAAACAAUAGAACUUUUAUUUCUUACAGUUCUGCAGACAAAGUCUAAGAUUAGGGUGCCAGCAGAGCCAGGUUUUAGUGAAGGCCCUCUUCUGGGUUGCAAACUGCUGACCUCUUGCUGAGUUCUCACAUGAUGGAAGGGAUCUUUUAACUAAUUUAAAGAAUCAAUUUACAAAUACCUGUAUUAGUGAAGUAAAAUGAGUCAUUGCUUUUAUUUAUGAGAAAUGUACUAUUCUGGAAGGUUUGAUUAUAGUUUAGAUUAUUUACAAGUAAAUGAAAAUGUCAAAUAUGUAUGUGCCCUUUUCUUAUGAAAACAUCAAGUAGUUCUUCCCAUACUCACAAUUUUAUUGCAUGCUUGGUAACUUAAUUUUCCAUUCAGAAAUGUUCCUUCUGCAUUGAAGCUAAUUUGUGUAGCAGGCAGGUAGAAAAGCAAACAGGAAUUUAGGGUAAUCAUUCCUAAUUUACUUAUAGUCAUGCUUUUGUGUCACAAAAGUGAUGUUAAAAUAUUAUGUACUUUGCCAAACUUAGUUUUGCUAUUAAAAUUUUGAUUCUAUGGCUGGCUACCUGGAAAGAAAUUUUGGAUUACUAUUAAAAGUAUAGUUUUUUUUACUUUGAAAAAUAUAUACUUAACUAGGGCUCCUGCGAAAUUCGUGCACUCGGAGGCAGGGGUGUCCCUCAGUUCGGCCUGCUCCCUCUCAUAGUCCAAGAGCCCUCAGUGGAGUGGGCCUGCGUCGUCAGUUGGACAUCCUUAGCGCUGCCACGGAGGUGGAAGAGACUCCUGACACUGCCACUGUGCUCGCCAGCCGUGAGUCUGGCUUUUGGCUGAGUGGCGCCUCCCCUGUGGGAGCGCACUGACCACCAGGAGGAAGCUCCUGCAUUGAGCAGGAUCAGGCCGAAACCGGCUCUCUGACAUUCUCCGAGGAGUCCUGGAUUGCGAGAGGGCACAGGCCAGGCCAAGGGAUCCCACUGGUGCACGAUCGGACCUGGAGGGACACGGGAGGUUGGCCAGCCAGGGAAGGACCACGGGAGGGCUCCAGGGCGUGUCCAGCCUGUCUUGCUCAGUCCCGAUCGGCUGGACCCCAGCAGCAAGCUAACCCCUACCAGUCAGAGCGUCUGCCCCCUGGUGGUCAGUGCACUUCAUAGCGACUGGUUACUGGUUGACUGUCUGCCCCCUGGUGGUCAGUGCACAUUGUAGCAAGCGGUUGAGCGGCCUUAUUAUAUCAUUAGCAUAUUAUGCUUUGAUUGGUUGAACAGAUGACCAGACAACCGGACACUUAGCAUAUUAGGCUUUUAUUAUAUAGGAUGUUAAGAACAUUCCACUAUAAAAAUGGUUCCAAAAGUUUUUCAUUUCUUGGCUACUAUAAAAAUUCUGUAUAGAUUAUAAUAAAAACAU